CGGGGCGGGGGCGGGGGGCGCGGCGCCGCCCGGCGACGCAGUAGCCCGUCUGCUGUGGCGAGAGCUUGUGGUCCCGUGUGCGGCUCUGUUUCAAAAUGGCGUUUAACGGUGACGGUCCCUUUAACAAGCGUAUGCGCACGGAUGGUGAAGCUGUGGGGCAGAAGAGCAACGUCCACUACUACACCGACAAUGACUAUUACACCCCCGACCAGAACGACGGUGAUAAUGUGAGUAGCGAGCUGAUGGGGGAGGCGUGCGAGACUACAGGAGAGCCCAACCCUAAUGGACCCUACGGCGGCUUCAGCGACUAUGACAACCAACCGCGGCGAAGGAAAGGGGAACCGGAGACUCCAAAUCAUGUGCUGCUGAUGACGAUUCUGAACCCCGCUUACCCCAUCACAGUGGACGUCAUUCACACCAUCUGUCAGCCGUAUGGGAACGUUCUCCGCAUCGUCAUCUUCAAGAAGAACGGCGUGCAGGCCAUGGUGGAGUUUGACGGCAUCGACCCCGCCACACGAGCGCGCGAGGGGCUGCAGGGAGCUGACAUCUAUUCCGGCUGCUGCACCCUCAGGAUCGAGUAUGCUAAGCCCAGCAAGCUGAACGUGUACAAGAACGAUGCCGAGAGCUGGGACUUCACAAACCCCAAUGUCGGCAUGAAGGAGCCCCCGACCAGUAGCAGCACCAGCAGCGGCUCCUCCCGUCCUCCCCUUCUUCAGGAACCACGCGGCUUUGGCAUGAACGUGUCCCCCUUCAGAGGUGGGAUGAACGGCCAGAUGGGUGGCGGCCCUCGUGGAGGUGGCGGAGGCGGCCUCUUCAACAGCCCCAUGCCUGACAGGUUUGGCAUCAACAACGGAAUGAGCAAUGGCGGCAUCCGUGGGGGCGGCCUGAUGGGAAGUGGCCAGGGGCAGGGCGGACCCUUCAUGGGGGGUGCUGGCGGCCCAGGUGGAGCCUCCCUCUCCGCCAUGGGUCAGCCCCAGCCCGGCCUGCCCCAGCAAGGCGCCGUGCUCAUGGUGUAUGGUCUCAACAAGGACAAAAUGAAUGCCGACCGCAUCUUCAAUCUUCUGUGUCUCUAUGGCAACAUCGUCAGGAUCAAGUUCCUGAAGACCAAGGAAGGGUGCGCCAUGGUGCAGAUGGGGGAUGCCCUGGCCGUGGAGAGGGCCGUGGCCAACCUCAACAACACCACUUUCUUCGGCUGCAAGAUGCAACUGGGGUACUCGAAGCAAGCAUUCCUGGCUGACGUGCAGCAGCCCUACGACCUGCCCGACGGAACACCCUCCUUCAAGGACUACAUGGGGAACAAGAACAACCGCUUCAUCAACCCCGAGAUGGCCUCCAAGAACAGGAUACAGCCACCCUCCAAGAUUCUGCACUUCUUCAACACUCCACCAGGAUUGGAUGAGGAAACACUGAAGCAAGUCUUCAUGGAGGGGGAGGUUGUGGAGCCUAAGAGCAUCAAAUUGUUCCCCUCCAAGAGUGAGUCCGAGAGGAGUUCCAGUGGACUGCUGGAGUUCAACAACAUCUCCGAGGCCCUUGAGGCCCUGGUGGUGGGCAACCACGCACCCAUCCCAAAUCCUACUCCCACAGACAGCAAGUUCCCGUUCAUCAUGAAGCUGUGCUUCUCCUCCUCGAGACACAUCCCCAACAAGAUGGCCGAGUGAGUGUCGCGGCAGCACAGCGCCACACGGCCGGCCGCUGCCGCCGCCGCCGCGCCGUGACCUGCAGGGUACACCAGGGUUGUUGGCAGUCAGGCAGGGAGUAAUGGGAUUGUCUAAAUCAAGCUGUAGUUACUUACGGUCCACAGGCGCAGUAAGUAUCGGGAGUCAUACCGUCGCAGUGGGUUGUUGGCACCCCAGAGUGUGGCACCGCGGCGGCUGCAGCGGGAGCAGCAGCGACGCCACACUCUGGGCUGCAGAGGCGGACGGCCGCCUCGCACAGGUUGAGGGAUGCACCCCGGGCCUGUGUCGCUCCCCUGCCGGGCCCCUCGAGGACCUGGAUCGCCAGGAACGAUGCCAGUUUUGUUGAGGCCGCGGGGGCUCUGCCUUGUGAUUCCUACAGGCUGAUCUGAAUAGGAAGAAUCGAGCAAGUUUCAGCAAUAAAGAAUUUGGAGUUUAUUUAAAGUUCUUUUUUUUAUAUUAAUGAAAUAAUGUAAAGAUAUGGUAAAAUAAUAUAAUUUUGUUUAGCAAUUAGCACCAAUUGUGGUUGGCUGAUCCGGCCCGGGGCCGGCGUCCCUCCCCGAGGCGCCCGGCAGCGUAGGAUAAGUACAGUAUAAACCCUCCCUGAGUUGGAAGCUUGGGCAGUCUCCCACUGUCCGUCCUACGCUCUCUUUAUAUCACCGUUAUCAUUAUUCUGAACACGUCACCCAAGGAGGCCUGGGGGCUCCAGUGAGGCCCGGCAUGCGGCGCAGCCGCCGUGCCGAGGAUCUUGAUGCGAGCGUGUGGGUUGUCCUGCCGCCGGCUGGCCGCAGGCGCCCACCAGAGGGUCCGCUUCUUUAAAGAGUGGCUCUGAGAACUGAGACCUGAGCAGCACACCAGUGCUGCUGCCCCAGGACAGGUGCGCUGCACCGCCCCGCACAGUGAGGCGGGGGUGGUGGGGCUGCCCCCCGAGGCACUGCCCGCUGGAGCCCCGGGCCCAUGUGCUCACUCAGUGGAAUGUACAAUACUGUUUAUGAAUAUUGUGUUAUGUUUCUAAACCUAUUCCAUUAUUAGGCACAAUAAUUACUUCUGAACUUACUGUAUUAUACUUAUCAGUUCACUGUAAUCUUUGAUGGUCACUGAUCUUCAGUGCUAUGUUAAGUCUAGGUCACCAGUUAACUUAUAACAUGGAUCUUACCUGAUAUUAUGGCCGUGUGUGUUACUAUCAUGAUGUAGCUAACUAGGUAACUGGUCUUUGUUGCAAUAAUGGUCAAGGGAUCCACCAUUCUUAGCCCGCCUGCGUCACUAAGGCUGGUCCUGUCUGUUCUGAAGGGAAUGAUGACAAGCUCUGUAGCACCUGCUUCUGGGGCUCAAUAAUGGCUGAUCUUUUGACAGUAGUCUUACACUGAUGAUGACCCAUGUAAGUUAGUAGGAGGCAAUGUUAGUGGCAACAAGGAUGAAUUGUUGGUAAAUGUAGUUGUAAUUGAUAAAGCUUUGGCCAGAGGGCAGGCGACUGAAACAAGCAUUACAGUUCUGGCUUGUUCCACUGCCCCUCUGUCAGGGCCUCAGUGUUUUAGAUUAGAAUUUUAAUGCUUUUUCACUUUCUCUUUCUUUCUUAGUUUAUUUUAUCUUAUUUUUAAGUAGACGGUAAAAUGGUGUCGUUAUACUUAGUUCACCUCUUGAGCUGGUGCCGCCAGCCGCUGCAGGACUUGACAUAAGCUCUGUCGGUCCCUGGUUAUACUCCUGGUUUGUGCCACACUAUUUGUUUUGCCGCUAACAGUAAUUCAAUAAAGUUUGAGUGACCAAAUUAAAAAAAAAACAUGCAGACAAGAAGUUCAAGCAAAGAUAUAAAAGUGUUCAGUGCAUAUUCUUGCCAACGGGUAACUUUAGACUUUGAAAACAUUUGAGUUUAAGAACAAAUUCCUACUCCAAUUCCUAGUCAGCAACACAAGGUACUUAAUUUAGGGCUUUAAAAUGACAAAUCUAAGUUUAUCAGACAUGACUCUCACUGCAAGCAGGAAACAAUACAUUACACACAACUUUUCUUGAACUUCCCAUCUACAGACAAGGCUUUCACUGACACACCCCCACCCCACCCGCAGCCAGAGAAACUAGCCUACAGCAGACUACAGAGCCAGACACUGUGGCCCACAGCAUGUAUAAACAAACCCAGCUUAUAUAUAUCUAUAUAUAUAGGCCUUAAUGGUGAUUAUUUAAGUUACUCAAGGCAGGGUUGAGUUAAGAAAUAAAUUUUCUUACAUUUUUAUGUAUAUAGAACACCCAAAACAUUAUUUUUCUGGUAAUAUGUUGUAAAUAAUUUUUCAAAGCGGCUUACACCUUAAAUGAAAGCAGUGAAUGAUCGAAGCUUGCAGUUCGAUAUUCACUGAGUUUCCACGUGAGCGCUAAUCUUUUGUGGCGUCAAGUGUCAUGUUGCCUCGCGGCUGUCCUGCGUGUGGCGCCGGGCCCGAGCCCCUCACGCACUGCGGCGCGCUGCUCCGCCAAGCGGCCCACGGGGGUCUUGCUCUUGUUUUACUGUAACGCUAACUUAACGUGGCUUCUUGGGUCUCAACUUUUAGCUCUUGGUAAGUAUUUAGAGGAGUAGCCGAGGAGGGAGUAAUUGUACCUUGAGGUUCAGGGGAGCUUUUGUUUGUUCAGGGUGACUUUCUUGGUGCCACAGUUGUUGACUUGGUGUUUGGCGUGUGGAGGAGAGAGUAACUUGAGGGUGUUUGUUUCAGCAAGAGGAGCGCGCCGUCAGAGCCCCGGGGGUUCGGAGACCCAGCGCUUAUUUGGAAUGUCUCAAUUUAGAAUCGUUCACUCCUUGUUCCCCGUCCUAAGUUUUAGUCCAACGACAUUCACUCAUUCAACGCAAAAGAUCUAUCGCAGACUGUGAUUACGAAGUAUUUAAAAUAGAUUGAUUGUUUACAGACGUUGAGUCCAUUCGCUGACACGUAGGAACAGAGAACAGUACAAGCUACACCACAUGAAAAUACUUAACAGAAACAAAGAAACUCCCGAACAGUCAUAACACAUGCAAUUCUGGAAGACAGAGAGGGGCUAAGGGUGACACGUAAACACUCACCACAGACAGGAAGGAAAUUAACAAGCUUUUUCUAUUUUUACGUUUGUUUCUUUGUUUUGCUAAAAUACUAGCUUCCUGAGGUAUUUAUUUUAUUAAUUCAAGUUCAAAGCCAACUUGGUACAAAGCACGAUUGUACUAAGGUAAAGCAAGCCUGCCAAAUAUGUAGAGUCCCGAGGGCCGCUCGCCCCCCCUCACGGCCAGCCCCGUCGAGGACCGCCCCGGCGGGCACCGCAGAGUGAUCUGUAAAUAUUUGAACGAUGAAGCGAGGCCCGCCAUUGUGGCCUCCAGCGGUGGCGGCAGCCAGGUGGCCUUGGGCCGCAGCAGCCGUGGCCGGCCGGGGCGAGGGCGGGGGUGGUGCCGCUGGCGUCAGGGAGCGGGGGGCGGGCGGCGCCUCUCUCCUCCGUGCCAAGCGUGGUGUGUGAGUGCUGUGUAGGCCACGUCCACCUUGGGCCAGGGUCCCGCGAGGCCCCAGGGAGCGCGCUCUUUGCCCUCUGCCCCGCCCGGCGGCCCUCGGCCCCAGACUCCGCUCACAAGCAAUACGACCUGACCUCAGGUCCCCUGGCGGCUCCCUGGGGCCGCCCGGACCGCUAGGCUGUCUAAGUGGUUUUAUCUCUGAUGAUAAGUCGUUGAAAUGUCGUUGCAAAAAUGUGCUUCAGUAGAGAAUGUUUAUUACUCUUCUUGAAAUCGUCCCAAUAGAGUGAAUCACUUGAUGCAUAUCAUAGCACUAAGGUUGACUGCGCCGGCGGGCCAGUGCCGCGGGGCCGCGCCCGCCGGCCGCCCGCGGCGCCGCGCCCCGCGCCGCGUGAUGUUCCGUCCGAGGGCGGCAGUGAUGGCCCCGGUGGCCGCGCCGGCCUGCCCUGGGGCAGGGCGGCACGGCGCCGGGGCCAGUGGUGGGCGGCGUGGGGCGCGGCGUCGGGCCGGCCCGCGGCCCGUCCACGGCCGGCGGCGGCCGCGGCGUGGCCUUGAACCCUCACCAUCCCUUAUUCCAGGAUUGCGGAGUUAUUUUAAAAGCAUAACAAACAUGAUAUUAUAAUUUCCCUUAAUCCAUAUGUUGUUUGUAAGAAUUUUAAGGAAUAAAAUGAAUAAUACUUUAGUAUAAAAGAGAU